AUGGGAUGUUUUGCAAAGAACUACUGCACAAUUAUAGUGUCCCGUGCGCUCGCUGGCGUCGCCGGUUCGCCGUCUGUCAGCGUAUUCGCUGGCGUUCUGAAUGAUAUGUGGAACAUUCCUAGCGAUCGGCUGGGCGUCCUCGCCUUCGUUAUGUACGGGCUGGGAGGCGCAAUCGCACCAUCUCUCGGUCCUAUUGUUGGCGAGUCUAUCGUGGCAACCUACGGUUGGCGAUCAUCGUUCUGGCUCACAUCUGUGCUCGCUGGGUCAUGCUUUCCUGGCAUGGUGUUCACGCCAGAGACAUUUCAGAUCGAGAUAGUGCGGCAGGAGCAAAAUGCGCCACGACGAGGACUGGUGGAAGCACUCGUGCCUGCGCUUAGGCGCCCCUUGGAGCUGCUCUGGUUCGAGCCCGUCAUCUGGCCGACUGCGCUUGUUGUGACAACAAGCCAAAUCGUACUCUUUAUUCUGUAUGUCAGCCUACCAGUGGUCUUGACACAGACCUAUCAGUUCUCCCCCUAUCACGUCGGACUAUCAUUUUUGCCGUUCAUGGUCGGCACGCUGCUCGCAGUACCUGCGCUGGCUGUGCAAGAUAGAUGGAAGCGGUCUCUACGUCAACCAGCCCCGGAGGACAGUCUUGUUGGAGUCAAAGUCGCUGGAAUCUUACUUCCCAUCAGCCUGAUCUGGCUUGGCUGGACUAUGCGACCAACGGUCCACUGGAUCUGGCCUCUUCUUUCACUUGUGGCGCAUGGAUGGUCAUUUGCGAUGGAACAGCUUUCCUACCCGGUCUACAAGAACGAAAUCUAUGGCAUCGAUCUUCCCAUUGUUCACAGCGCCAAUGAUCGACUGGAUGGGAUUUUCUUGGCUGAUGACCACGUGCGCGGUGACUAUAGUUGUCUUUAUACCUCUACCGUGGGUGCUACAGAAAAAGGGAGAAUCGUGGCGUGCACGAAGCAGGUUCGUGGGCCAUGA